CACUAACCAACACUGUCUUCACUCUUUCUGUAAAAAUCCCCCAUCCCAGCUGAAGACAUAACCAGAGGCUAUGCUAUGGCCGAAACCAAGGUCCGUUUCGGAAUCUUAGGCUGCGCUAACAUUGCUCGGAAAGUAUCAAGGGCCAUGAAACUCGCCCCCAACUGCGCCAUAACCGCCAUCGGAAGCCGUUCGAUCGAAAAGGCCUCCCAAUUCGCGGCGGAGAACGAAUUUCCGGCGUCGGCAAAAGUCUACGGCAGCUACGACGCCGUAUUGGACGACCCCGACGUGGAGGCCGUUUAUAUUCCGCUUCCGACGAGCCUUCACCUCCGGUGGGCUGUCCUGGCAGCCGAGAAGAAGAAGCACGUGUUGUUGGAGAAGCCGGUGGCUCUGAACGUGAAGGAAUUGGAUACUAUUCUGGAGGCGUGUGAAUCCAAUGGUGUGCAGUACAUGGACGCUACCAUGUGGAUGCAUCAUCCACGGACAGCUAAGAUGAGAGAAUUCCUCUCUGAUCCGCAGCGUUUUGGCCAACUCAAAUCGGUACACAGCAUUUUUAGUUAUGUUGGUGGUCCUGAAUUUCUCAAGGAUGACAUUCGCAUUAAACCUGAUCUUGAUGCUCUUGGAGCUUUGGGUGAUACUGGGUGGUAUUGCACCAGGGCAAUCUUAUGGGCUAAUGAAUAUGAACUGCCUAAAACAGUAACAGCUUUGCCUGAGCCUGAAUACAAUGAAGCAGGUGUGAUUCUAUCUUGCGGUGCUCUAUUACGCUGGACAGAUGGGAAAACAGCAACCUUCUAUUGCUCUUUCCUAACUAAUUUGACCAUGGACAUAACAGCUCUUGGAACAAAUGGAUAUCUGUGUGUUCAUGACUUUGUUAUUCCUUUUCAAGAGAAUGGUGCACCGUUUUAUGAAGCCUCAAACUCAAGGUUUGCAAAUCUGGCUAUAGGGAUUGAACCUGUACCAAGUGAGCACGCAAUUGAUACAGAUCUUCCUCAGGAAGCCCUCAUGGUGCAGGUGUUUGCUAAUUUGGUUGCUGGUAUUAACGAAAAAGGUGCAUCGCCUGAGAAGAAAUGGCCUACCAUUAGUAGAAAGACACAACUGGUGAUAGAUGCUGUCAUGGCGUCAAUUGAGAAGGAUUUUGAGCCUGUUGAAGUGGUGCCUUGAAUCAUUUGUCUAAUGCUUGGCAUCUUUGUUUGAAUUGUAAUGGUGUUUAUUACAUGUUUGCCUUCGAUUAAUAGCACUUUACUGUGUGCCUUUUUAUACGGGGCUUUUAUUUAUAUAUGAAUAAGGGUCUGGAUUCUCUCGUGUAAAAUUUCUGCCAUGUUUUCUGGUGUCUAUUUGUAUGUGAAGUUAUAUAUAUAUAGAUAGUUGGUGCACAUGUGCGUUGCACAUGAAUCAUUGUGAG